GCCUGUCUGAUGCUGCCUACGCUGUGUUCUUGACUGUCCCCGCCUGCCCAUCUUCUACUAUGAAGCCUCAGCACCCUUCUGCUGACUGAGCAAGUCUCGUAGAUCUGGUGGUCGUUGCACGUCGUCAUGGACAUUUCACAUUCCACCCGCAGACAACCAGACCAGCCGCCACUGCACUUUGCUCUCUGCUCGUGCCAUGUCGUUUGCUAGACUGCUUCUUGCGCCGACUCUUGCAGCAGGUGCCUAUGCUUCCCUGACUCCGCGCCUCGCCACUUCCCGGCGUCUUGCGUGCGAAGGGCCUGCCGCGCCGACUGCUCCAUCACCCAUGGCAACAUCCACACGGACAGCAGGCACGCGGCCCAUUCUCGAUGCGCAUCAAUUUGCUACGGGAUCCAUCAUUGGCAUCGUGUCUGGUAUGCUGCUGAAACGCCUUGGCCGGCUCUUCUUUGUCGUUGCCGGCGGCGCGUACCUGGUGCUACGUGCCCUGGGAGCCUCGCAGCUGAUCCCGGAACUACCCUGGCGGCAAGCAAAGCAGUGUCUAUUGAACCGUACGACUCGGCGAGAUCCCGAUGCGCCCGUCACGUCGAGUCCGAUCUUGUCUGCGCUGACCCAGGACUUGACAUUCACGGGCUCCUUCCUUGCUACCUUCCUCAUUGGCCUGCUCAACACGUAGGCCCUUUCUAUGCCAUAUAACCUAUAUAUCUGUGUCUAAACGGGAGCUCAUGCCAUCAACUUGCUCAAAUUGAUCCUCGGCCAAAUUCCCC